ACCACUUCAACAACCACUGCAUUCAACAGCACAACGGCAACCAGACUCAGAACUCCAGAAAACACCUCUGGCCGCCCUGCCAUGCAAGUGCAAGGUCCGGCUGAAUCAGAUACUGGUUCAGAUAAUACCAAAAACAUUGAUGGGCACACGGAUAUGGUCAUCGAAAGUACUACCACUCCAAUAGCACCAACUGCCAUGCAGGCAGAAGGUUUGACUUCUCAAAAAAGCAGCUCCGGUAUUACUGGAUACAUCGCCCCCAACACAACCACGAAAAGAGAUGGUUUGAUUUCUACGAAAAGCAGCUCUGGUAAUACGGGAGACUACACUACAGCGACAGCCAAUAAGAUGAACAAUAGUGCAGACGGCGAGGUCUUUGCUCCACGCGCCUCAAAUCCUGAAGAUGAAAAUCAAGCAUGGGACGACGAGAUUGCCAGCAGGAACCACUCUUAUGCCGUGCACGGUUCUCUGACUCUCUCCGAAUCACGCGAAGCAACUCAUAGGGCAGGUGCUCAAAACAAUGGAGACGGCAAUGGCAAUGAUGGUGAUGACGACGAUGACAAGGGCAGUACCUUGAACCUCGCUCUUAUCUUCUUGCCGCUGAUCUUGGCUGGAUGCAUGCUCCUGGCGUUUGCGGGCUUCAUGGUACGACGGAAGCGUUUGCAGAAACAGGAAUCUGGUAUGACGGGGUUCGAACCCAUCAAGAAGACAAUCCAAGAACCCUCAAGCUGGGAUUGGGUGAACAAAACAGAGCAGCCAGCACAGAACCAGGACAAGACGCAGACGAACUCCACGCAUACCUUUCAGUCGGAGGCGGCACCGCCAUCCGAUCGGCCCAGCGUACAUAAGGCACACGCGAAGGACAUUGCAUACAUUGAUGUCGGAGAUUUUCCUGUCUACUUGCCGGAUGACGCAUCGUACAUUGAGCAGGACAUCGACGCACUGGCCAAUGAGCUCGGCGAGCCACAGACAAAGCGAAUGGCAAUGUCCCCAUCCACCUUUGUUGGCAGUUAUAGCGUGCAGUCAUUCAAGGCAGAUGAAAUGCAGUUUUCCAACAGGGAGGACGCACGCUCUACACCCAGCAACACUGCUGCCGGCAUGCACGUCAGUCAAUCACCUACUGCUGCUAACGAUGCCAUCCAUCCCUUGCAACUCGAGCGAUAUGCUGCCCAGUCCGACGGACAGGAGAUGCGAGUGCAGCAGGACGGGACGCCAGAGAUAUACACAAUGGUGUCGCGCACCAAUCGCACCAGCCUACACAAAGCCCAGUCCGCGCUCUUCUCCAAGGCAUAUCCUGCAGGGACCGCGCUCCACAGGGCUGACACUCACCUGGGUCUUGUGAGCAGGCUUGGAUCGAAGGGCCUGGUCGAGUCUAAUUCCAACGUCAGCAUUCCCAGCUCCCACUCCACCGCACAGGACCCCUGCGCCUCUGGUCUCCAGGGUGCUGCCACCUCCACUGGCAUUGCAUGUGGUGACAAUGUCCAAAGCGCAGCUAGCGUCAAUGCAUAUAGCAGCACAACACUUGACCAAUCCCAGGAGCUAGCUCCCGUCAGCUUACAGACCUUCACGGCGGACACUCUUUCGCACACUGGGUCCUUCUAUGACGAUGUCAUCGCAGGGGAGGGUGCAAGGACUUGGUCCAAGAAGAAAAAGAAAGGAGGGGAGAAAGAGACAAUGGCACCCAGUGACAACAUUCAGCCGUCCUUUUUCGCCGAAGGUGAUGGCCAUGGCGCGGUCGAAGGCCAGGCAAGCAUGGAUAUGUACAGGACAGUCACGAGAGCUGGGUGACAAGGAGUACGCGCCGCUCGCCGCCGAGCAGUCCGCUGCCAGCCGUGGCCGGAGCACGGUCACCACCUCGCACGUGGUCAGCAAGAGCCUGGCCUCGCAGAUGACUGCGGUCACGGAGCUGGGAGGUAAGGAGUACGAACCCAUCACGCCCUAUAAGCUCGCCGCCACCACCUCGGCCAGCCGUGACAAGUCUGCUCAGCGCAGCAAGGCCACCCGACUCGAGGCCAAGAAGGGUUAAGCUGGCAAAAAACGACAACCGAAACUCUAACACGGAACGUUGACCAAACAUCAUACCCUGUAUGGGCUAUGUCGCUGAAACUCUGCUCUCCGAUAUUAUUAUUUGAACAGAACACUGGGUUUCCUGGCAUGUUAAGCAUGUGAAGAUUUGAAAGGUGAAUAUUUUUCUAAUGAGAACGCUAGUUUUCAAAGAUAACUUGUUACUUUUGUACCUUUGGAUUUUGAGUGUAAUCCUUGAUCAAUACUAGUAGGAGGGGAAAGUUUCAUCCAACCAUGAUAAUCCUACUCUGAUUCGUUUUGUUUUUGAAGAUACAACACCGGUUUGUGUGUUUUGUAAUUUACCAACUGAUAAUA